AUGUCUAAUUUAAAAGAAAGAAUUAAUGAAAAUGUAAAUGUUCCACAAGGUGAAACAGAUGUGUGUCGAAAUACAAUAACAACAGAUCCUCUCGGCCCAUGCUUGUUCUUUCUCGUUCGAUGUUUAUCUGAAAAAACAAGAAUUUGUUUAUUGUACCAUCAUGAUUUUAGAAAUUAUGAUGAUAGUGGUAAACCACAAUUAAUAAUUUUUAAAGAAUUCUUGGUGAUGAUUUGUAAUCGUUUGAAAAAAUAUCUUCAUAUCCCAUCAUUAAUACCAAAUCAUCCAUCAGAAAAUCCAGGUGUUAAGGAAUGUUUAUUAGCAAUAGGUGGUGGUCAAAUUAAUGAAGCCGAACAACAUAAUACUGGUGAAAAACUUGAUUAUGCAUAUUUAGACUUUCAAUACUCAUGUCCAACAAAUCGUUUAACAAUGGAAAUUGUCUGGGAAGUAGGUGACGCAACAUUAAAUUUAGCAGAAAUCAAUGCUGAAUUAACAAAUCCACCACGAUCUAGUAGUCAUUAUCAAUGGAAUAUAAAUGAACAAGAAAUUGAAGAUUUUAGAUCUGUUGGAACAUUACCAGAACUCCCAUUGCGAUCGCAGUUACGCGUAACUGCGUCGCAGUUUGAUCGCAGUCGAACAUAUGGGCUUGAAAGACUUAAUGAAAUUCGAUCAAUGAUUCCAUCGAAUGCAUUGUAUAUUAAUGCUAAAGUUGGUAUUAAUGGAUUCAGUCGUAUUGGUCAACUUAUAUUUCGAUGUGCAAUUGAACAAGGUGUUGAAGUUGUUGCUAUUAAUGAUCCAUUUAUUCCUGUUGAUUAUAUGGCUUAUUUGGUUCAAUAUAUGAUUCAACAUAUGGUAAAUUUAAAGGUAAUAAAAGAUCCAUCAAAAAUUCCAUGGGAUCAAGUUGGAAAAGAAACAGUUAUUUCAACUGCAUCAUGUACAACAAAUUGUUUAGCACCACUUGCUAAAAUUAUUCAUGAAAAAUUUGGUGUUAUUGAAGAUUUAAUGACAACUGUUCAUUCAUAUACUAAUACACAAAAAAUUGUUGAUGAUCCAUCAUAUGAAAAUUGGCGAGCUGGACGUGGACCUAUACAAAAUAUAAUUCCAUCAUCAACUGAUGCUGUUGAAGCUAUUGGAAAAAUUAUUCCUGAUUUAAAUGGAAAAUUAACUGGUAUGACUUUUCGUGUUCCAGCACCAUAUGUUUCAGUUAUUGAUAUUAAUGUUCGAUUAAACAAAGGAGCUAAAUAUGAAGAAAUAUGUGCAGUAAUAAAAGAAGCUGCUAAUGGAUCAUUAAAAGAUAUUUUGGCUUAUGCUGAAGAUAAAGUUGUUUCAACAGAUUUUCUUGGUAAAACAUAUUCAUCAAUUUUUGAUGCUAAAGCUAGUAUUUCACUCAAUGAUAAUUUUUAUCAAACUUGUUUCAUGGUAUGUUUUUUGUUUUUUAUUUAAAUAAUAUUUUUAUUUAAUUCUAUUUCUAGGUAUGACAAUGAAUAUGGCUAUUCACAUCGUCUUGUUGAUUUGAUUAAAUAUAUUGCAGAAAAAGAUUAUGAAAUUGAAUUGAAGCUUGAAUCAACUUUCUAAUGAUUAUGCUACUGGAUUUUGACUUUUAUUUUCUAUUGAACAUUUAUUUAAGAAAAAAACAAAAGAGUUCUUUUUAUUAAAAAAAUUUUGACUUUUAUUUUAUAUUGUUAUUUUCAUUUACCUUGUAAAAAUAAAAAGAUAGAUUUUUUUUUUCUUCAAAUAAAUUAAGAUAUAUGUUUAUUCUACUGGAUUAAAUACCAUCGACAAUGCUUAUUAAUUGAAAUUUUGUGUGAUUUUAUAAUAGAAUUUAUAUUGAAACCGAAAAUAAAUAUCUAUGAAAAUAUUAUUAUAGCCUGUUGUACUGAUUUGGAGAUAAGUAGUAAAAUAACGAUUUUUCAUUUAUUUAUUAUCUAUUGUGUAUCGUUGAAUGUAUACGAUAAAUUGUUACACAUAGUGUGUGUACCUUUAUACUUUGAUAAUAUCAUGAUGCAUUUAACAUGUGUGUCGAUUCACGCUAAUCAAGCUGACAAGCGUAAUAUGAAAUGUAUCAAACCUAUACAAGCUGGUCUGAAAUUAUACUUCUUUAUUAUAUCUCGUUUUGUGAAAAAGCUUUUGAUCCUUUUUCUAAAACUUUUCAACUGGAAAAGUUAACAAUGUAAGAUAGAAAUGAUUUUGCUAAUUUCUUUUUACUGUAAUCGAUGUUAACUUUUUUUUAAUAUUUUCAAAUGAUAAUAUUUAUUUAUAUGGAUUAAACUUUUGAUAAGAAUAAACCUUUCCGGAAUUUUUACUUUAUUUCAAAUAAAGUUUUAGAUUGAAAUUGUUAGUGAAUUUAACAUAGAAAAAAUAGUAAUGAUUAUCUUAAAUUACUGUACUAUGACAAUUAACUCUCCUCAUACAGGUUUAUUCUAAGUAAAAAUAGAGAAGAAAAAGACUAGAAACAAAUAUUAUGAUAAUCAAUUCAAAAGACAAAAAACAACCUUUUAACCGUAUAGAAUAUGUCAUAAUGUCAGAUGGAAUAUAUGAAGUUUUUUUUAUAACAUAGUAUGUUAUUUGAUUUCAUAGUAUAAGUCAUGUAUUUAUUUUGCUCAUCUCAACUCUAAUAAUCAUUAUUAUUGAACAAUUUCACAGAGAAUAUGAGUUAAUACGUCUACUGACAAAAUAUUAUUUAUGAACUAACAAGGGUUAAAGACGAAUCACGAUGCAUCAUACAAAUAAGGAUUAAAAAAUUGAUGCAUUUAUUUCAUAAAAAACAAUGAUGUAGAAUUCUUUAGAAGAAAUAUGAAAAUAUUGAUGUUUUUCAAGUGUAUUUAUUUUAAUACGUCUAAAGAGACUUACAAAGGAAAUAUUAUAGUAUAAAUGUUGUGAUUUAUUCGAAAUUAUAUUUCAUAUUUUACUAAAACUAGAAUAAUUUUAGUUUACGAUUUAUUACAGAUUAUAGGAUUGGGAUAAAAGUGUGCUGGAAAAAUAUCGAAAGAAAAAAUCUAGAAGAGGAGAAAUGUCGAAAAGUAAAUAUGGAAGUAGAAGAAUAUUGUAACAGAAAAAUAUCGAAAAAGAUUAUGUAUCCAAUAAAUUGUGACUCUAAUCAUGUAUAAUUCACUGUUGUUUUUCUCAUAGUUGUGAUAGUAUAAAAGUUUAAGCAAUCGUGAUUUUGACGACUACUACCUGAUAAAAAUUAAAUAAGAAAGUUAAGCGAAGAACUAUUAUAUUAACUAAAAUUCUAUUGUCACGAGUAAAACUGGUACAUCUUAAAGUGACGUAACCCGAUUAGUAUCUCUAGCUUUUCAUUUAUAGAUUGAAAUAAAGAAAAAUCUUUACUCGUAGAAGAUGACUAUGUUUUCAAACUGAAUAAAACAACAAUCCAUAGUUGCUAUGCAGAAAAAAUAAUAAAUCAAUUUUUUUCAUUAUCUGUUUUUGUAACUGUUAUAAUAUUAACACUAACUCAUAUUAUAUAACAUGUUUCUCACUAUACACAACUCUUCAAAAUAUUAUAUCAACCAUUUUUCUGUCGAUAUUAUUUUUUCGACAUUUUUCCUCUUCUAUAUUUUUACGGUCAACCUUCUAUUCAAUGUUUUCGAUGUUUCUCAGAGCCUAUUCGUAUGAAAAGUAAAAAAGAAGGAAAAGAAGGAUUUUACGAGAAAAGAAGGACGUUCUAAAAAAAAGAAGGAAAGAAGGACCGCUGGGAGGCCUGCAUUUGGAUUAUUCCAAGUAAAAAAAAUUCAUGAUAUGCCAAUAUUUUGAUCGUUUUAUCGAAUCAAAAAUUUGAAAUUAUUUUCGUUGUUUGUCUUUUUUAAAAUAAUAUUAUUUCAUACAUUAAUAGAUAUAUUUUGUAUCAUUUUUGUGUACUCAAAAAGUGAGUACACUCUAGAAUCGGUCAGUGUGUCCGGCCGUCCGUCCGGCCGUUAACACGAUAACUUUUGAAAGGAGAGUCCAAUCGCGAU